CAACAAUCAGUGGGCACUUCACAAAGAAUAAUAUAAAUCAGACACCUCCAGUGUGCGUUAGUUUACAUAUUUUGUAGAAACACUCGUAUAAGUUACCUGAAAAACAACUACAAUGCCAAAAUAUUACUGUGAUUACUGUGAUACAUACCUAACACAUGACUCUCCCUCGGUGAGAAAGACACACUGCAGUGGCAGGAAACACAAGGAAAAUGUUCGCCUCUAUUAUCAGAAAUGGCUGGAAGAACAGGUCCAAAAACUGGUAGAUGACACAACUGCAGCAUUCAAGGCUGGUUCAUCAGGCCCUAAGCCAGGCCCCAUGCCUGUGGGCCCAAUUCCUGGACCCCCCGGGAUGGUUCCUACUGUGGCCUCUAUGGGCGGCCCGAUGGGUAAUCCAAUGCCUCUAAUGGGGCCACCAAGACCAGGACCCAUGAUGAUGCCUGGUAUGCGACAGAUGGUCCCAAUGGGAGGGAUGGGUGGAAUGGGUAUGGGUCCUCCAAUGCAGUUCCGACCAGGCGGCCCGCCCAUGAUGGGAGGACCCCCAGGGCCUAGGAUGAUGAACAGAUAAUCUGCAGUUUAACACCCAAUGACUGGUUUAUGCUAUUGUUUCAAAUAUGUGUGACAAUUGACUGGGUUUAGCAGUGUAAUAAGAUUUUGCACAAUGGUAAAUGUGGUCAUCUAUUUAUCUGUAGUUGACAAGGUGUCACAUGAAUUUAAACAAAGUUUUCUGAUGUGUUGUUCCUUAAAGUGAAAAUUGGAAAUGCUCCAAUACUGUGUGUGUGUCUAGACGCAAGAGUUAUGUCUUGUCUAAAAAAUCUAUACUAAGAAAAAUAUGCCACUUUUUUAUCAGGAACAAUUUUAUAUUUUCUUCUAAUAUAAAGGAGUUCUCUUAAGUUUGAACAUGUACAUUAAAUUUUGUAAUAACUUGUAUUUUUAGGUGUAUUGAAUGAGCCAAGCCAUUUGUUUUUGUUAAAUUAUAAUUCAUGCUGUAAAAUGUUUUGUAAAUUCAAUUUGACAACAAGGUUUUUAGUUAAAAUAAUCAGUUUAAGUUUAGUCAAAACUAUUGUCGAUGUUUUAAAUACUGGUAUCUUGAUACUGGCUUACCAUUCAUAUGUCACAGAUUUCAAUUUUGAACAUUCAUUGUCAUUUUAUCAUGAUCUUUGCAAUAAAUGUAUUAAUAUCAUAUACUU